AUGUUUAAAGUCUCCACUGUUGAUGGCACCGAGCUGGUACGACUCAGAGACACUAGUCAAACUGUACCCAAGGCGAGAUGGUCCAAAUUGUCCAAUGUCAUAGUCGCUCAACUUCUCACCGUUCCACUGCGUUGUUUGAUCCAAGCACCAAUAUCAAUCACGAAAUAUGGUUCCGCCAACAUCUCUGAGAAACCAAAGCUCGCCAGUUCCACUGUUAUUGGAGUUGGCUAUGUCGGAGAACAUCUCAUGGAAGUCUUCUCUUCCGCAUUCCAAAUUAUCGGAUAUGAUGUCUCGCCUUCACGGAUCGAGCAAUUGCAGUCGAAAUACUCACAUCUUGAGCGCGUCAAGUUCUCAAACAACGAGAAGGACCUAAAGAAUGCGUCUCACUUCCUUGUUUGCGUACCGACUACCUUAGGACUCAACGGUAAAGUCGAUUCUUCACAUGUUCGCAGCGCAAUCAAGAUGCUCCACAGCUAUGUCACCAAUACAUCUAUCGUGGUGAUAGAAAGCACUGUUGCAGUUGGCAUGACGAGAGACUUUUCUUGGACCACUCGGCAAGAUCGCACGAGAAUUGAUCCCGGCCGAGUUGAACCUCCACCGAGAUCGAUACCCAAAGUUGUUUCCGGUCUUGACGAUAUCACUCCAGGGUCAUUAAGUGCCAUUACGGGAUUGUACAGAACUGUCUUUGAUACAGUUAUCCAGGUCAGCAAGCCGGAAGUGGCGGAGAUGACGAAGCUGUACGAGAACUGCCAAAGAACGAUUACCAUCGCUUACGCAAACGAAAUGGCAGACGCCUGCCGUGAGCUCGGGAUUGAUCCUUUCGAAGUCGCAAAUACAUCAGCCAGCAAGCCAUUUGGCUAUCUGCCCAUGUAUCCGUCACUUGGCAUCGGUGGUCAUUGCAUUCCCGUCAACCCGGUUUACUUCAUGUCAACUUGCAACCUCCCACUCCUCAAACAAGCUCAUGAACGAAUGGCGACGCGCCCAUCACGAAUCGCCAGCCAGCUUCUCACCUCGAUACUGGAAGACGAUCAUCAGAAACAUGGUGGGGCACAUCGACCAAGCCUUCUCGUGGUUGGCGUAGGCUUCAAGGCUGGCCAGUCGGAUCUAUCCCACUCACCUGGCUUACAACUCCUCAACGUCAUGCGACAAUCAGGAGAGAUAGACCUUACGUUCUGUGAUCCCUUUGUGCAACAAGAAUCUAUACCCGAGAUACCAAAGCUGGAAGAAAGUAGUUGGAAGCCAGAAGUUCUCAACACUUACAGCGCAAUUGUAGUCGCCGUGAGACAGCCUGGUCUAGAUUACGGUAUUUUGAUGGAUUUGCCAGAUGUGCGGAUAGAGGUCUGGCAAAGAUGA